AUGUUCUUUUCAGGUGUAUCUUUGUUUGCAGCCCUGGGGUUUCUUCUUUAUGGAGGAAGGCUCUUCUUAAUGUUGCAGCGCUUUCCUGUGGAAUCAAAAGGGAGGCGCAAGAAGCUACAGGAGGUGGGCUAUGUAACUACCAUAUGCUUUUCAUGCUUCCUUAUUAGAGGCAUUAUGAUGUGCUUUAAUGCAUUUGAUAAGGCUGCAGACCUUGAUGUUUUGGAUCAUCCUCUUCUGAACUUUGCAUAUUACCUGGUGGUGGAGAUAUUACCUUCUUCUCUUGUCCUUUUCAUUUUGAGGAAGUUGCCGCCAAGGCGUGGAAUCACACAAUAUCACCCUAUUCGCUGACAGGACUAGUGAUGAUAUAUAUGAUGGAGAGUAAAUAUCCAAACAUGGAGUAAUCACAAGUUGGCUGUUUUGAUGCUGAUUUCCCAAAACAAGUAAGGGAAAAAGAGAAUUGCCACUUUUGCAUGCAGUGACGAGCUAAUCUCAGGGACUCCGAAAUGCCAGUUCGUUCUCGCACGGGGAUUGUAGUUUUGUUGAAUAGAAGCAAUUCUCAAGGAUUGUGAAAAAAUGUUGAGCAUUCAGUAUAAUAGUCUGCUUUUUUUUUUUUUUUUGGUUUAUUAUAUGGUAAUUUUUGCUUUUCUUUGGUGCAAUGCUGCCGCGGAGAGUGACCUUUACCAGUAAAAAGAAAAUAGAUAGACAAGAAUCUCCUGGAUUCUCCCUGGCCAGUGGACUGAUUUUUUUUUUUGGUAUUAAUGUUGUGUUAGCAACAAGUGAUUCAUAACUCCCGUAGGCAACCAUCAAAAAAUAAAUUGAAGGUGAAAA